AUGACGGAUAUCCAGAUCCCCAAAACGCACAAAGCAGCCGUUUACGACGCGCCCGGCACCAUCUCGACGAAGAUCGAGAUGGUGGAGACGCCGACGCCGGGGCCGGGGGAGGUGCUUGUGAAUUUAACUCACUCUGGCGUCUGCCAUUCAGACAUCGGCGUUAUUAUGUCCAAUUGGGUUUCUUUACCAUUCCCAACCCAGCAGGGCCAGAUAGGGGCCACGAGGGCUGCGGCGACGAGUCCGGUGAAGGCUGGGGAUAGGGUUGGGAUCAAAUGGAUCUCCGCAACCUGCACCUCCUGCCCGGCCUGGCUCACCGGCCACGACGGCGUCUGCUUCCACCAGAAAAUCAGCGGCUACUACGCCCCGGGGACGUUCCAGCACCUCGGCAGCGCCGAGGCCUCGCCGAUGCUGUGUGCGGGCAUCACGACGUAUGCGGCGUUGCGGAGGUCUGGCGCGUUAAGUGGGGAGUGGGUUGUUGUGCUGGGUGCCGGCGGCGGUCUUGGGAAUAUCGCUGUGCAGCUCUCCUCGCGCGGGAUGAACCAUAGGGUCAUCGGCAUCGACCACGCGUCGAAAGAAGACUUGGUGAUUGAGUCUGGCGCUGAGCAUUUUGUGCCGCUGCUCCAGGAUGCGAAGGAUGCGCCGUCGGUGACUGAUUCGUACGUGACUUGUUUUCGUACUCCUACCUUCACCGUUAAGCGUUGGGGUUUUUUGAGGCUGGGAUGGAGUCGUGUGGCAGGGCCCAGCAUCUCAACCCCGACUAUUGCCUCCCCUAGGAGAGAGAUGUCUGCCGCCAACGCCGCCUACGCCUCAUCUGUCUCUCUCCUGCGCUUCGGGGGGCGCGUCGUCUGCGUCGGGAUCCCGGAGGGCGAGGCACUGCCUAUCACAUCCGUGGCGCCGCAGGUGCUCAUCGCGAAAGCGCUGAGUAUCGUGGGUGUGGCUGUGGGGAAUCGGAAAGAGGCGGGGGAGGUUUUGGAAUUUGCUGCACGUGGAAUCGUGAAGACGCACUACCGCGUCGAGAAGAUGGAGGCUCUCACGUCCGUAUUCGAAGAAAUGAACGCGGGGACGUUGAGGGGGAGGGUUGUGUAA